AUUAAAUUUUGUUUGAUUUCACAUUUCAUUUUAGAUUGAAGAUAAACAAUUACACUGUGGUUGUCUUCUUAAUUAAAAGUUCAGAUAUGGAGGAUGCAGAGACUUUGUCCGAGGAAUACUCGAAAGCCUUACUCCCCAACACAAUUAUACAACUUAUAAUGGGUACCCUUGGAGUAUUUGGAAAUUGUCUGGUUCUUUUGAUGUACACUAAAUAUGUUGAAGACAACAAGGGCUCCCGAUAUUUCAUACCAGUUCUGGCUUUUGUGGAUCUUAUCGGAACGGUGUCUAACGUCACUGGAUUUUAUAUGAGAGACAACAUGCGCUACAAUCACGGCAGUGACUUUUUGUGUAAAAUGUUCCCUUUCACAACAGCACUGACCGGAGGAUUUUCGGCCCAUUUGACCUUUGCUAUAGCCCUGCAGAGAUAUUUAAUGAUAUGCCGUCCGUUUGGUCAGCAACUGUCCACACAAAGGCGCAGAGUUUUCGUCUUGGUUUUAUUUUUGAUUUCCACGGCCUAUGCAUCUCCAUUGCUAAAAUUGAAUAAAAUACAAGUAUAUACUAGUGCAUUAAAUAACGUAACUAGCAACUUCUCUACCUGUGCGACUAGCAACGAUACCUACAGAUCCAGCGAUCUGGUGCAAUAUCUAGGAGUUUUAUUAUUCUUUUCCAUCAUUAACAUUUUUGUCACCUCCAUUCUUUAUAUUCCUGUGAUUAAAGCUAUAUAUAAAAGACGUUUAAAUGUCAGACGCAUUCAGGCAAAUACUGUACCAGAUGGGAACAUUAAUAUCUCAAGCAGAGAAUUACAAACAUUUGGCGUUGGAGAAAAUGCAGGUCUGAAAAAUUCAACACAGACUAAUGAUGAAAACAAUAAAACAUCCAGGAAAGACAGAGAGGCUAGAAAGAAUAUUAGCGUCAUGUAUCUCGUCAUCAUUAUUGUCUACGUUGUUUCGUAUGGGACUUCACUAGUUACACAAAUCUACCACUUCACAAAAACGGAGGAAAUUAAAGGGUACAAACGGAAUAUUAACUUUCUUUUUAUGCGUUUUCAACUGGUCAAUCACAUUGCUAAUCCAUAUAUUUACUGGUAUUAUGACCUAAAGUUUAGAAAGGAACUUCGAAGGUUUUGCUGUGAUAAAAUUCUGAAAAAGUGAUAAAUUUUUUUUGAAGAUUAAUACAUUGAGUUGCAUUUCCGCAAUUUACAUCAACAGGGACUUUAAUACAUUUCUUUUGUUAGCUUACUUUUCUGGGGUACUUGUCUUAGUUUUUUUUAGCAUGAUAUUUCUGUUACAAUAUUUGUUUUCUUUGUAUGUUGUCUUUUUUUAUUCAGUUCAAACAUUGGUUUGAAAAUAAAAGCAUUCAAACUGUAUACUUAUUGUACAGAAACAAUCUUGAAAUGUAUUUUCAUUUUUAAAAAGAUGAAGUAAAAUGAUGAUUAAAUCAUAAAAUUUAUAAUGAAGUAUGAAUACCAGAUACAUAACAGCAUUUAAAAUCAAAAGAACACUCAAACGACACCAAUCAGGAGCAGCACAAACACGGACCUCUAAAACAGCUGAUAUGGGAUCAUGAGUGCGCAUGUCCUGGCGACCGAUAACAAUCGUCUUGUGCUCUAUGCCUUGAUCUAAAAAUGACAGUUAAUUCAAUCGGUACUUCGGUGUGUAAAUAAUUGCCUAACAAUUAGUAUGGAAAACGCCAGGCAAGGUUUGCUUAAUAAUUUUUCAAAGGUGUGAAAAUGACACAAUAGUUGUAAUAAUUUUUGCACGAGUUUACACUGCAAGUUUCUUUU